GGCCUCCCCCAGCCUCCCCAUCUUCAGCUUAGUCUCCUCCCCCUCACUCCUCUCCCCUCCCCUCCGCCUCGCCCCACUCCUAGCCCGCAUGCCAGGAUUUCUCUCCUCCCUGGGGGUCUCAGUGCUUCUCCUCCUCGCUGCCUGCCUCCUCCCUCACCGCAGGGUUAGCAGACACCCAUCCUUUUCUGCUUGGGGACCCCCCACCACCACCACCAUCCGCAUCACUGCCCCUGUCUCUUCUUCACUGUAUCCUCCUCUACCCACCCUCUUUUCUCUUCUCUUCUUCCUGCCCCUUUAAAUCUGCCUGGCCCAGCCUCCCCCGUGAUGCUGGGAUGGAGCAAACAUUGAUUUGUGCUGGGAUGGAAUCGGAAUUUUGAUUUAUUUUUCCUCUCCCAACCAUAAGAAGAAAAAAAUAAUAAAAACACCCCCUCUUGAUAGCCCCCUCCCCCUUUGCAUCCAGCUCCCAGCUCUUCUUCCCUAUCUCCAAUCCAAGGCAGAUUUUUUUCCCCUACACUAUUCUCAUCUUCCCCCACCCCUGCCACUACCUCGCCCCCCCACCCAGCCUGCUCCUCCAGCUGGGGAGAAAGGGGACUCUCUCCGAACUCCCCCACCUUUUCUCUCUGGGUUGAAGCAGUCUCUCCGGAAGGGGAGGGGGCUUGGCUUGUCCGGGCGAGGUGGGAGUGGAGGUAUCCUGCCAUGGAUGCUGUGCCGGGGAGGCAGCCUGAGCCCCAGCCCACAUGAGACGCCGAAGAACCGGGGCUGAGGGGUCCUGACAGAAGCCAGGGAAGCUGGUGGCCUACGAUUCUGCCCACCCCCCUCUCAGGACCCCCAAACUGCCAUCCACACUCGACACUUCGGGGUUCUAGCCACUCAGGAUGAGGGUCCGGCCCUGCCUGCCCGCGCUGGGGCCCCCCCGCCCGGCCCCGGUCUAACUGCCCCCGCCCCCAAGGCCUCGCCCGGCUCCAAGGCCCCCAGCCGGCUCUCCAGCCCCAGGAUGCGCUGAGCCGCUGGGGGGCUGAGGCCGCGCCAACUACAUGCAUGUCCCCCGGGGGCAAGUUCGACUUUGACGACGGGGGCUGCUACGUGGGGGGCUGGGAGGCGGGGCGGGCACAUGGCUACGGCGUGUGCACGGGCCCCGGCGCCCAGGGCGAGUACAGCGGCUGCUGGGCACACGGCUUCGAGUCACUGGGCGUCUUCACGGGGCCCGGCGGACACAGCUACCAGGGCCACUGGCAGCAGGGCAAGCGCGAAGGGCUGGGCGUGGAACGCAAGAGCCGCUGGACGUACCGCGGCGAGUGGCUGGGCGGGCUGAAGGGGCGCAGCGGCGUGUGGGAGAGCGUGUCCGGCCUGCGCUACGCCGGGCUCUGGAAGGACGGUUUCCAGGACGGCUACGGCACCGAGACCUACUCCGACGGAGGCACCUACCAGGGCCAGUGGCAGGCAGGGAAGCGCCACGGCUACGGGGUGCGCCAGAGUGUGCCCUACCAUCAGGCGGCGCUGCUGCGUUCACCCCGCCGCACCUCCCUGGACUCGGGCCAUAGCGACCCCCCGACGCCACCCCCGCCCCUGCCCCUGCCUGGCGACGAGGGAGGCAGCCCCGCCUCGGGCUCCCGGGGCGGCUUCGUGCUGGCUGGGCCAGGGGACGCCGACGGCGCGUCCUCCCGAAAGCGCACCCCGGCGGCCGGCGGAUUCUUCCGCCGCUCGCUGCUGCUCAGCGGGCUCCGGGCGGGCGGGCGUCGCAGCUCCCUGGGCAGCAAGCGAGGUUCCCUGCGCAGCGAGGUGAGCAGCGAGGUGGGCAGCACCGGACCGCCCGGCUCGGAGGCCAGCGGGCCCCCGGCCGCAGCGCCGCCCGCCCUCAUCGAAGGCUCGGCCACGGAGGUGUACGCGGGCGAGUGGCGCGCAGACAGGCGCAGCGGCUUCGGCGUGAGCCAGCGCUCCAACGGGCUGCGCUACGAAGGCGAGUGGCUGGGCAACCGGCGGCACGGCUACGGGCGCACCACCCGCCCCGACGGCUCCCGCGAGGAGGGCAAGUACAAGCGCAACCGGCUGGUGCACGGCGGGCGCGUCCGCAGCCUCCUGCCUCUGGCCCUUCGGCGGGGCAAAGUUAAGGAGAAGGUGGACAGGGCUGUCGAGGGCGCCCGUCGAGCCGUGAGCGCUGCCCGUCAGCGCCAGGAGAUCGCCGCUGCCAGGGCAGCAGAUGCCAUCCUAAAGGCAGUGGCAGCCAGCAGUGUUGCUGAGAAGGCUGUGGAGGCAGCUCGAAUGGCCAAACUGAUAGCCCAGGACCUGCAGCCCAUGCUAGAGGCCCCAGGCCGCAGACCCAGGCAGGACUCAGAAGGUUCUGACACGGAGCCCCUGGAUGAGGACAGCCCUGGGGUGUAUGAGAAUGGACUGACCCCCUCAGAGGGAUCCCCUGAACUGCCCAGCAGUCCUGCCUCCUCCCGCCAACCCUGGCGACCCCCUGCCUGCCGAAGCCCACUGCCUCCUGGAGGGGACCAGGGUCCCUUCUCCAGCCCCAAAUCUUGGCCUGAGGAAUGGGGGGGGGCCGGUGAGCAGGCAGAGGAACUAGCUGGUUAUGAGGCUGAGGAUGAGGCUGGGAUGCAGGGGCCAGGGCCCAGAGAUGGUUCCCCACUCCUCGGAGGCUGCAGCGACAGUUCAGGAAGUCUCCGAGAGGAGGAGGGGGAGGAUGAAGAGCCCCUGCCCCCACUGAGGGCCCCAGCAGGCACGGAGCCUGAGCCCAUCGCCAUGCUGGUCCUGAGGGGCUCAUCCUCGAGGGUUCCUGAUGCUGGGUGCCUGACAGAUGAGCUCGGGGAGCCUGCUGCAACCGAGAGGCCAGCCCAGCCGGGAGCUGCCAACCCCCUGGUGGUGGGAGCCGUGGCCCUCCUGGACCUCAGCUUGGCGUUCCUGUUCUCCCAGCUCCUCACCUGAGGCUACUUCCUGGCCUUGUUCUGGCUUUGGUUGCCUGCCUCUUCACCCCUUUGACCUGCCUUUUUUCUCUUUUCCUCUUGUUGGCUGUGUUUUCUCCUAUCUUUCUUUCUCUUCUUCCUUUCUUUUCUGUCCCCUCUUUUUUUUCUCUCUUGCUUUUUCUUUCCCUCUCUUCUUUCAGAUUAUCUCAUUUCUUCUGGAUCUGUCUCUGUAUUCCUCACUCCCUUUCCCAUCCCAACCCCUUCUUUCUCUAGAUUGUUUACAUAUGAAGGGCUUUUCUCUCUCA